AUGCAGUUUGUUGAACUCCUCGGCGACCUCACGAUGAUUUCGAUCGCCAGCGAGGAGUACGAUUUCAACACACUUUCCAUUAAAGUGGCACUUGUUGCUGGAGCAGUGAAGCUUUCUAUUGAUAAUGACAUUUGGUCUUUGAGUACUACAAGUGGCGCUAACUUAUACCAGAAGCUCAAGCAGUAUAUCGUUCCAGGGACUAUUGUGUUUCCAGAAAAUUUACCGUCAGUUGAAGAGGUUCAAUCAGACGUUGGGCGAAUUUGGAACAGUGGUGUUGAUAAGGUGUUAUGCCAGUUGAGAGCGCACCUAGCAGUCUCAAUACUGUAG